AUGACUCGGGGAGCCCUGCAGAGUGGCCAGCCCGCCUCAGGAGCCCUGCAGAGUGGCCAGCCCGCCCCAGGAGCCCUGCAGAGCGGCCAGCCCGCCUCAGGAGCCCUGCAGAGUGGCCAGCCCGCCUCAGGAGCCCUGCAGAGUGGCCAGCCCGCCUCAGGAGCCCUGCAGAGUGGCCAGCCCGCCCCAGGAGCCCUGCAGAGCGGCCAGCCCGCCUCAGGAGCCCUGCAGAGUGGCCAGCCCGCCUCAGGAGCCCUGCAGAGUGGCCAGCCCGCCCCAGGAGCCCUUCAGAGCGGCCAGCCCGCCUCAGGAGCCCUGCAGAGUGGCCAGCCCGCCUCAGGAGCCCUGCAGAGUGGCCAGCCCGCCCCAGGAGCCCUGCAGAGCGGCCAGCCCGCCUCAGGAGCCCUGCAGAGUGGCCAGCCCGCCUCAGGAGCCCUGCAGAGCGGCCAGCCCGCCUCAGGAGCCCUGCAGAGUGGCCAGCCCGCCUCAGGAGCCCUGCAGAGCGGCCAGCCCGCCUCAGGAGCCCUGCAGAGCGGCCAGCCCGCCUCAGGAGCCCUGCAGAGUGGCCAGCCUGCCUCAGGAGCCCUGCAGAGCGGCCAGCCCACCUCAGGAGCCCUGCAGAGUGGCCUGUCCGCCUCAGGAGCCCUGCAGAGUGGCCAGCCCGCCCCAGGAGCCCUGCAGAGCGGCCAGCCCGCCUCAGGAGCCCUGCAGAGUGGCCAGCACGCCUCAGGAGCCCUGCAGAGUGGCCAGCCCGCCUCAGGAGCUCUACAGAGCGGCCGUCCCGCCUCAGGAGCCCUGCAGAGUGGCCAGCCCGCCCCAGGAGCCCUGCAGAGUGGCCAGCCCGCCUCAGGAGCCCUGCAGAGCGGCCAGCCCGCCUCAGGAGCCCUGCAGAGUGGCCAGCCCGCCUCAGGAGCCCUGCAGAGUGGCCAGCCCGCCCCAGGAGCCCUGCAGAGCGGCCAGCCCGCCUCAGGAGCCCUGCAGAGUGGCCAGCCCGCCUCAGGAGCCCUGCAGAGGGGCCAGCCCGCCUCAGGAGCCCUGCAGAGUGGCCAGCCCGCCUCAGGAGCCCUGCAGAGUGGCCGGCCCGCCUCAGGAGCCCUGCAGAGCGGCCAGCCCGCCUCAGGAGCCCUGCAGAGCGGCCGGCCCGCCUCAGGAGCCCUGCAGAGGGGCCAGCCCGUCUCAGGAGCCCUGCAGAGCGGCCGGCCCGCCUCAGGAGCCCUGCAGAGUGGCCAGCCCGCCUCAGGAGCCCUGCAGAGUGGCCAGCCCGCCUCAGGAGCCCUGCAGAGCGGCCGGCCCGCCUCAGGAGCCCUGCAGAGCGGCCAGCCCGCCUCAGGAGCCCUGCAGAGCGGCCGGCCCGCCUCAGGAGCCCUGCAGAGCGGCCAGCCCGCCUCAGGAGCCCUGCAGAGUGGCCAGCCCGCCUCAGGAGCCCUGCAGAGUGGCCAGCCCGCCUCAGGAGCUCUGCAGAGCGGCCAGCCCGCCUCAGGAGCCCUGCAGAGUGGCCAGCCCGCCCCAGGAGCCCUGCAGAGCGGCCGGCCCGCCUCAGGAGCCCUGCAGAGUGGCCAGCCCGCCCCAGGAGCCCUGCAGAGUGGCCGGCCCGCCUCAGGAGCACUGCAGAGUGGCCAGCCCGCCCCAGGAGCCCUGCAGAGCGGCCAGCCCGCCUCAGGAGCUCUGCAGAGCGGCCAGCCCGCCUCAGGAGCCCUGCAGAGUGGCCAGCCCGCCCCAGGAGCCCUGCAGAGCGGCCGGCCCGCCUCAGGAGCCCUGCAGAGUGGCCAGCCCGCCCCAGGAGCCCUGCAGAGUGGCCGGCCCGCCUCAGGAGCUCUGCAGAGCGGCCGGCCCGCCUCAGGAGCCCUGCAGAGCGGCCAGCCCGCCUCAGGAGCCCUGCAGAGCGGCCAGCCCGCCUCAGGAGCCCUGCAGAGUGGCCAGCCCGCCUCAGGAGCCCUGCAGAGCGGCCGGCCCGCCUCAGGAGCUCUGCAGAGCGGCCAGCCCGCCCCAGGAGCCCUGCAGAGCGGCCGGCCCGCCCCAGGAGCCCUGCAGAGCGGCCGGCCCGCCUCAGGAGCCCUGCAGAGCGGCCGGCCCGCCUCAGGAGCCCUGCAGAGUGGCGCAGAGAAGGGUCUGCCCUCGACGUGGCCAGAGUGGCACCGGGGUCGAGGGGUCACUUCGCGCGCCGAGCCGGCUCACAACCCUCACUACCCUCACUACCCUCGCUACCCUCACUACCCUCACUACCCUCGCUACCCUCACUACCCUCGCUACCCUCACUACCCUCACUACCCUCACUACCCUCACUACCCUCACUACCCUCACUACCCUCGCUACCCUCACUACCCUCACUACCCUCACUACCCUCACUACCCUCGCUACCCUCACUACCCUCACUACCCUCACUACCCUCACUACCCUCGCUACCCUCACUACCAGGUGGCGAGACACUACUGGGCUGACCACCAGCUCGUGGCUGGUAUUGGCUGCCCCGCUCGUGCAGGUCGCCGGUAUCGAGGACCGGCCUGUUUGACGUCCCGCGUCAAGCCGGCCCCUUGCCGCCAGGAGAUAGAUGACCCGCCGAGCGUCCCUGCGAGGAGUGUAUGGAGGAUAUGCGGCAGGGCAGCGCCGCGCGACCACGUGGAUGCUUGUCUCCAGGUGUGUCUGGAGCCGGCGCGGCGCGGACAACUGAGGAAGCGACCGGCUGCUGCCCGGAGUGUCCCGGGAGGGCGGAGGCAGUCGGACUGCGCCUCGGCGCCGGGGUGA